AUGAUAUAUCUGGCUCCCUCUUUCUUGCCCAUUUCAUCCUAUAAUAGUCGGAUUCUAUAUUCCACCCAUAUUCGACACGUACUCCUUUACGAUUUCGAAUCUGGCCACCCCGCUGCUGAAGCCCAUCGAAACUUGAGUCAAGUGCCUGGCACUGAAGCCCCUUCUGAGCGGUCUGUGCGUGUCUGGUUCCAGCGCUUCAAAAACGGAAAUAGAAAACUCGAAGAUGAGUUUCGCUCUGGUCGACCGACUGCAAUAUCGUUCGACGAACUGAAGAAUCUGGCGGAGCAGCAUCCGUAUGAAGUUGUGCGGUAUUUUGCUGCCAGACUUGGCUGUUCGCUGUUUAUCGUGAACAAUGCACUGCGAUCUCUCGGAAUGGUGAAAAAGCUCGGUCAGUGGCUCCAACAUGCAUUGAGCGACGACAACCGCCAACGACGCCUGGACAUCUGCACUCAGCUGCUCUCCAGAGGCCGCAGAUUCGACUGGCUGGACACCAUUGUCACUGGAGAUGAAAAAUAG